AUGAAGGGAGAUAGUAGACAUCUGAAUGAGGAGGAGGGUGCCAGCGGGUGUGAGGAAUGUCUCAUCGUCAAUGGGAACUGUAGUGACCAGGCCUCAGAUACUAAGGAUGCUCCUUCACCCCCAGUCUUGGAGGCAAUGUGCACAGAGGCAGUCAACACAUCAGAGAGCAGAGGCCGAAGAUCAAGCUCACGGCUGUCAAAGAGGGAGGUCUCCAACCUGCUGAGUUACACUCAGGACCUGGCAGGAGAUGGAGAUGGAGAUGGUGAAGCAGAGGAUGGGGAUGGCUCAGACAUUCUACUAAUGCCAAAGCUCACGCGUGAGACCAAGGAGACAAGGUCACCCUCGGAAAGUCCAGCUGUUCGAACCCGAAACAGCAACAUUACCUCCAGCCUGGAGAGGCAAAGAGCCUCGCCCAGAAUCACCAGAGGCCGCCAGGGCCGCCACCAUGUGCAGGAAUACCCCGUGGAAUUCCCAGCUACCAGGUCUCGGAGAAGGCGAGCAUCGUCUUCUACAAGCACACCAUGGUCGUCCCCUGCCAGCCCUUAUCCCAGUAUCGACCUCAUAGAAGAAGGGACACCUCAGAGGAGCAGUACCCCAUCAACUGACUGGAGCCAGGACAGCCAGCAAGAGAGUAUGGAUGCCACACAACUGUAUGCAGAGAGCAAAGAUGGAGACAGCACUGAGUACCAGGAUGAUAAGGAGUUUGGAAUAGGCGACCUUGUAUGGGGAAAAAUCAAGGGCUUCUCCUGGUGGCCUGCCAUGGUGGUUUCCUGGAAAGCCACCUCCAAGCGCCAGGCCAUGCCUGGCAUGCGAUGGGUACAGUGGUUUGGUGACGGCAAGUUUUCUGAGGUCUCUGCUGACAAACUCGUGGCCCUUGGGCUGUUCAGCCAGCACUUUAACCUGGCCACCUUCAAUAAGCUGGUUUCUUAUAGGAAGGCCAUGUACCACACUCUGGAGAGAGCCAGGGUGCGAGCUGGCAAGACCUUCCCUAGUAGCCCCGGAGACUCACUGGAGGACAAGCUGAAGCCCAUGCUGGAGUGGGCCCACGGGGGCUUCAAGCCCACUGGCAUCGAGGGCCUCAAACCGAAUAACAAGCAACCAGUGAUUAAUAAGUCGAAGGUGCGUCGUGCAGGCAGUAGCAAGUUAGAACCCAGGAAACACGAGAACAAAAGUCGAAGAGGCACAACCAACAACGACUCUGCAGCUUCUGAGUCCUAUCCCCCUCCCAAGCGCCUCAAGACCAACAGCUACGGUGGGAAAGACCGAGGGCAGGAUGAUGAGAGCCGAGAACGGAUGGCUUCUGAUGUCACCAACAACAAGGGCAAUCUGGAAGAACGCUGCUUGUCCUGUGGUAGGAAGAACCCUGUAUCCUUCCAUCCCCUCUUUGAGGGUGGGCUCUGUCAGAGUUGCCGGGAUCGCUUCCUGGAGCUGUUCUACAUGUACGAUGAGGACGGCUAUCAGUCCUACUGCACUGUGUGCUGCGAGGGCCGAGAGCUGCUUCUGUGCAGCAACACAAGCUGCUGCAGGUGCUUCUGUGUGGAGUGUCUGGAGGUGCUGGUGGGUACAGGGACAGCUGAGGAUGCCAAGCUGCAGGAACCCUGGAGCUGCUAUAUGUGCCUUCCACAGCGCUGCCAUGGGGUCCUCAGGCGCAGGAAGGAUUGGAACAUGCGCCUGCAAGACUUCUUCACUUCUGAUCCUGACCUCGAAGAAUUCGAGCCACCCAAGUUGUACCCAGCAAUUCCUGCAGCCAAGAGGAGACCUAUUAGAGUCCUGUCCUUGUUUGAUGGAAUUGCAACAGGGUACUUGGUGCUCAAAGAGCUGGGUAUCAAAGUGGAAAAGUAUGUUGCAUCCGAAGUGUGUACAGAGUCCAUUGCUGUGGGAACUGUUAAGCAUGAAGGUCAAAUCAAAUAUGUGAAUGACGUCAGGAAAAUCACAAAGAAAAAUAUUGAAGAGUGGGGCCCUUUUGACUUGGUGAUUGGUGGAAGCCCUUGCAAUGACCUCUCCAAUGUCAAUCCAGCCAGGAAAGGCCUAUAUGAGGGCACCGGCAGGCUCUUCUUUGAGUUUUACCACUUGCUGAAUUAUACCCGCCCCAAGGAGGGCGACAACCGUCCGUUCUUCUGGAUGUUUGAGAAUGUGGUGGCCAUGAAGGUUAACGACAAGAAAGACAUCUCCCGAUUCCUGGCGUGUAACCCAGUGAUGAUCGAUGCCAUCAAGGUUUCUGCUGCACAUAGGGCCCGAUAUUUCUGGGGCAACCUACCUGGGAUGAACAGGCCUGUGAUAGCUUCCAAGAAUGAUAAGCUCGAGCUGCAGGACUGCUUGGAGUUCAGUAGGACAGCAAAGUUAAAGAAAGUACAGACAAUAACCACCAAGUCGAACUCCAUCAGACAGGGGAAAAACCAGCUUUUCCCUGUAGUCAUGAAUGGCAAGGACGAUGUUUUGUGGUGUACUGAGCUCGAAAGGAUCUUCGGCUUUCCUGCACACUACACGGAUGUAUCCAACAUGGGCCGUGGUGCCCGCCAGAAGCUGCUGGGAAGGUCCUGGAGUGUGCCAGUCAUCAGACACCUCUUUGCCCCCUUGAAGGACUACUUUGCAUGUGAAUAG